AUGAAGUCCUUAGAUUCCGAUAUAACCGGCAUAACUCUAUCAAAGGGGAAACGGAAAGCCGUUUCACCAAAACGGAAGGCUAUUUGGGAUCCUAUCUCCAGCUCUGCGCCUGAACUUAAACUGAGGAGCAACCCGUUCGAUAGCUCACCGCCGACACGGAGGACUCUUACGAAGGCGGUCAGCGCAGUAAUUGAUCUCAGCGACUCCGAGCCUGCAACCUGCAAUCUCGAAAUCGAUUCUGAAGAGGAGUUUCCGGACCUUGAAAAUUUUGACGUCACAAAACUCAAAGCCCGACUAGAUACCAGGACCACAGGCUCCCGAACCGUCUCCAGGGGAUCAUCGAAAACCGCCACCAAGUUGACAUCUGCCCGAACCACAACUAAGAAAUCAAUCGAUGAUAAGGCGAGAGAGAAGGAAGCGAAAGUGGCAGAGCGAGAACGGGAGAAAGAACGCAAAAAGCAAGAGAAGGAGGUGGCUAAGGAACAGAAGGCCAGGGAAAAGGAGCGUGCUGCUGCUUUGGCAGAGGUCAACAAAAUCAGGACCGACAAGAAAGUGUCAACGCCAGAAAUGAUUGCAGAUCUCCCGGAGAGCUUACCCGCCGCCGUUAUGCUGCAGAUACAGACAUUGCUGAAGGACCUUGAUGUUCAGCACAACACAUGGGAAAGUCCGGUGGGCAAUGUUGUCAAGUGGAGAAGAAAGGUCGCCAGCAGAUUUAACAAGGAGCUGGGGCACUGGGAACCGAUCUCCAUGCGAGUCGAGCCCGACAAGUUCGCUCUUGUCAUCGUUGCCGCAAACGACUUCGUGACUAAAGCCCUCGGCCCUGAAGGAAGCGAUCUUGAGGCCCAUGUGCUGAAAAUGAAGCGCCAUUUCCCGCGGGAGCAGCUUAUCUACCUCAUCGAAGGCCUCAAUCCUUGGAUGAGGAAGAACCGCAACGUCCGCAACAGACAGUUCGCCUCUGCUGUGCGAAAUCAGGGGGACAACGCUGUUGACGAUGCCUCGACGAAUGCCCAACCGCGGUGGCGGAAGAAUCAGCAGCCGCAGGAGUACAUUGACGAGGACUCUAUCGAGGACGCCUUGCUCCAGCUGCAGGUGAUGCAUGACGUACUGAUACACCAUACGAAUGCCUCUAUCGAGACGGCGCAGUGGGUGGCUAUCUUCACCCAACACAUCUCGACAGUGCCGUACCGCAAGCAGCGGGAGGCGACCAACGCGGCCGGCGCUGGCUUCUGCAUGGAGACGGGCCAGGUCCGCACCGGCGAAGAUGUCAAGGAUACGUAUGUUCGGAUGCUGCAGGAGAUCGUUCGCGUCACGCAGCCUGUCGCUUACGGCAUCGUUUCCGAAUUUGGGACAGUGACCGAGUUGGUGAAGGCAUUCGAGGAACGCGGACCACUGUGUCUGGAGAACUGCCGGAAGAGUACAAACAAGGACGGCGGCUUCUCGGAUAGAGCAGUCGGCAAGGCCGUGAGCAAGAGGAUUUACAAGGUGUUUACCGGACGGGAUGAGUGGAGUACAGACGUGUAG